AUGUCCUUCACAAAAAUUCAUAGACUAUUAGCUGCUUUGCCGACAGGGUUCCGAACAGCAGUUAGUGCAACGUAUUUUCAAUGUACCAAAGGAACACAAAUUAUUCGACAGAGUUCGUCACAACCUCGAUUUAGCAACCAGGAAAUUAAGUCCAAUGAUGCCCUUGAUCCUCAUUCAAAGAUUAUGCAAAUUCUUAGAGAAUCAUCAGCCAUGAAUAGUCCAAGGACGGCAGCUAACUCUCAGAUCAAAUAUGGAAGAAUUUUUCGGUCCGGUGAGAUUUAUGCUCCACAUGAUCUGAACGAAGAAAAUUACAAGAAUAAAAAGCCCACUAGAUAUAGAAAAGCGGUUCCCAAUGUUGAUAUAUUUCAAAGGUUGGAUAUUAACCCUUUGGUAGAAUAUAAGAAUUUUAGUUUACUAUCAAACUUUGUUUCAGAUAUGGGUAAAAUUCUUCCACGAAGGCAAACGGGAUUGACGGCAAAAAAUCAGCGAAAGUUGGCCAAAGCUAUCAAACGUGCUCGUUCUUUUGGUCUAUUACCUUCUACAUACAGAAGAACUGAUGAAAUGGACGUUCCGUUGUUUACUAGAAACUGA